AUGCGGCCUAUUUUGCUUUCGGGCCAUGAACGGUCUCUGAACCAGAUCAAGUUCAACCGCGAUGGCGACCUCAUCUUCUCCGUGGCUAAGGAUAAAAUUGUGUGCGCCUGGUGGUCGGCCAACGGCGAGCGACUCGGUACCUACGCGGGACACCAGGGUGCCAUCUGGACGGUCGAUGUGAGCCCCAACACGAUUCUUCUGGCAACCGGCUCGGCAGACAACACGGUGCGACUAUGGAACGUGAAGACCGGCGAGUGCGUGAAGGUGUGGGACUUCCCUACGGCCGUGAAGCGGGUCGAGUUCACCCCGGAUGGAAGCAGACUUUUGGCCGUGACGGAGAAGCGUAUGGGUUUCUUGGGUACCAUUGUGGUCUUGGAUAUCAACUACGACGGACUGGACGUCCAGGCCGAGGAGCCGAGCCUGCGCAUCACCUGUGAGGAGAGCAAGGCCACCGUUGCGGGAUGGAGUUUCAUGGGCAAGUACAUCAUUGCCGGUCACGAGGACGGCAGCGUCAGCCAGUACGAUGGAAAGACCGGUGAGCAGCUGGAGAACGUCCAGGCCCACGAGUUCGACCACCAGAUCAACGACCUCCAGUUCUCCCCCGACCGCACCUACUUCAUCACUGCCUCCAAAGACAAGUCCGCCAAGCUCAUGUCCUCCCGUAACCUCGCCAUCCUCAAAACCUACGUCGCCGACACCCCCCUCAACAGCGCCUGCAUUACGCCCAAGAAGGAGUACGUGAUCCUGGGUGGUGGACAGGCCGCUAUGGACGUCACCACGACCUCCGCCCGCCAGGGUAAAUUCGAGGCGCGUUUCUACCACAAGGUCUUCGAGGACGAGAUCGGCCGUGUGCGCGGUCACUUCGGUCCCCUCAACACGGUGCACGUCCACCCCUCCGGAACCGCCUACGCCUCCGGCGGAGAGGACGGUUACGUCCGUGUGCACCACUUCGACAAGUCCUACUUCGACUUCAUGUACGAGGUCGAGCGGGAGCAGAUGAGACGGUGA